GCUGGCUUUUCGAUACUCUAAAUGUGCCAUGGUGUUGGUGCCGAAGAACUAAGCACUUCAAUAACUCAAAAAUAGGAUCGACCCAGAAAUGCAAUUCCUCAGAGUGCCGGAUUUCAAUGCCAAUGUCAAGGACUGUUCCCCUGUCUGGGACGACAUACAAAGCCUAAGAUUCUCUCCCGGUAUAGUGAUACGUUAUCCGGAGCCGGUGCGGGGCACCCCACCCUCGCCGAAGCGGUCCCGCGUCGUCUUCGGCAUCGGGACACUAUCGGACUUGAUGCCAUCCUCUUCACAAAUCACGUAAACCACGUCGACUAAUGCCGAUGGAUCAACAGGACGAAGCCAGUGUCACUGCCAGCAAUACAUAGCAGCGGUACAGCUAGGGCGAGACCAUUCGACUCGUUCUCGUUGGGCAGUGCAGGUCCCAGUGACUGUGGUGUUGGAAUAUGCCGGUGAAUGCAAGCUUCACAUCCGAACCCCCUCCGGAUCUCGCGUCCAGUCAAAAUGGUGAUACUGCACAGUGAUGCUGUUAUCUUGCCUUCCCCGCAUGCAAGUCGCAAUGGCGCGAGCCAAAGGAUGAAUGGCUUCAGUAAUCGCCAUAUCACGUCGAUUGACGCGAUUGACUGUUAGAAUGGCAGACUCGGUUCAUACCAUAUUAAAGCAGGCUCAAUGAGCCAGCCAUGAUACGCGACGGAGUAAACAUUUGAUGGAAAUUGUCGAUUUGAUCACUCAGAAGCAAGAAUAAAAGAACCAUCACUUACAAUGUCUACAACCACUACAACCGAAACUCACGCUGAGACGGCACCCGUCAAGCUGACCUUGGCAUACGACGACAAGAUCCAUGAUCAGUACAAGUACGCCCAAUACUUGCCGGUGUACGAUGAAAAGACUUCCUUCCCCCCGCUACAGCCAUUCGAGUUCAACGACCGCGGUCUCGUAGCGAACAAGGAGAAGCUAAAUCUCCUUCCGAGGGACAACAAAGAGAUCAAGGCCACGAAGCUGACGCCAGUCAUUGGUACCGAGAUUCGAGGCUUGCAACUAUCUCAGCUGAACGACAGACAGAGAGACGAGCUUGCACUUCUCAUCGCGGAGCGCGGCGUCGUCGUGUUCCGAGACCAAGACUUCAAGGACAUCAGCAUCGAGAAGCAGAAGGAAUUCGGGAAAUACUUUGGUCCUCUCCACAUCCACCCCGUCGGCGCGCAUGUCAAGGACCAUCUCGAGCUGCACAACAUCUACCUGGGUCCGGACAAUGAGUAUCGCAACCGGAGCAAAAGCAACAAACUCUCGACCAUCGGGUACCACUCAGACGUGUCGUAUGAGCACCAAUCACCGGGCGUUACGAUCCUUGCACUUCUCUCUGUACCUGAGACGGGCGGCGACACGGCGUGGGUUUCUCAGACGGCGGCGUAUGCGCGAUUGUCGAGGCCCAUACAAGCCCUUCUCGAAGGGUUGAGGGCAGAGCAUAGCGGCUUUCCCCAAGCCGACAAUGGUCGUCGAGACGGCAAAUUUGUGCGGAGGGAGCCGGUCAAGUCGGAGCAUCCCAUUGUUCGGAUUCAUCCGGCCACUGGCCAGAAAGCGCUGUUCAUCAACCCAGGCUUCACAAAGAGGAUUGUCGGCCUUCGAGAUGAGGAGUCAGAUGCGCUGCUGAAACUCCUGUUCAAGCAUAUCAAUAACGGCCAAGACUUCCAAGUCCGCGUCAAGUGGGAAGAGGGAACCGUCGCUCUCUGGGAUAACAGAGUGACGGCGCACACUGCCAUCUCGGACUACAACGUCCACAACCCACAGGAAGGGCUGCGACACGGUUUCCGGAUCACCACUUUGGCUGAUAAGCCGACGGGAGUCAAUGGCUUAGAGUCCACGUGGUAGGUCGCAUAACAGCAUUCGGUCCGUUGAACACAGAUCACGUAACGCUUGGGGUCGGCAAUUUGGAUGCGUCUGAAGGUGCCGAUGUGCUAUGUCGGCGAUAUUGAAAUUUUAUCGGGGAUCGUCGGGACUGGUCGGGACCGCAGGGAGAGCCAUGGGAGCUCGGAAGUUGAAACGGGAAGAAUGAUUAUUGCGGGAGGAAGCACGGCGGGCCCAGCGUUCACGCGACCACAACCAAGGACGCCCUGGCAGUUCAGUGACAGAGUAACGCCUGGGGGGUUUACGGAGAAGCCGGAACCGUGCGCACCAUCGUGAGGUGCAAUAAUAGAUCCGUAUAAUAGGUGCGCAUAGCAAUGCAGAGAGAUACCGCAGUGCGACCGAGAAAAGUGGACGGCGGCGAUUAUCAAGAAAUGUGUGUAUGGCUGUAACAGUCGGAUGGAUCGUAAUGGAGAUGAACUGGUGCAACUGAAUGGCGAAUGUUGGGGCUAGGCACGUGGCUGAUCCGACAAUCAGUCACUUAGGGCGGAGGGAUCGUCGCCUGAUUGUCGAGUUUUGAUUCCCAAUCGAGAUCCAAUUUUUUUUCUCGUACAGGCUGGAAAGCUGUUUGUUCUCUGGAAAGAAGUGACGCGUGAUAACAGUGGAGAUUGGGUAUCGUCGAUGUGUCGCGAAGUUAACAGUACUGGGAAGUAUGGUCCGUGGUGGUUCUGGUGAGUGCGUGACUGACGAAAAUCACUGUGGAGACGAAUAAGCCGAGGCACGAUGCUUUUCUUCUGAGGAAUCGCCGAACCCCAUGAGAGCCUCAUGACCUCCUCUUACGACUCCUCCUACGAGACCAGAGAAACCAAAGUAAAGUCGAGACUCGGAAAGGUGUACGGGGGGGAGACGGGGCUCGAUGGUGAUAUGAUUGGCCAUUGGGGGCGACGGCGUCGUGGCGGAGGCCGAAACAAUGGGGACGGUGCGAGGCCCCUUUGAUUCGCAUCUCGUUCCCCGGAAGGGGCCCCGAAUGAUCCAUUGAAGAGAGAAAAGAACACCACAGAUCUGGGAGCCCCGAGGGGAAGAUGGCGUGGGUUGCGUGGUUCGGGUGGGUGGGAUGGAGGAUGGGGAGAAUUGGCGUCGGUUCUCCCUCGGACGGCGACCGACAGACCGGUUAGACCUGUAGAAUAAGGCAAGAGACUCUGAGUUUUCUGGAGCUGGGGAAAGAAAAGAGAGACCGUGACACGCUGCGCACGCAGCAGAAAGGGCAAAAGACUGGAGAUUUCUGGAGAAUAUUUGGGGCUUUGCUGGAGACUUUGGAGACGUCUGGAGGUUGAGGGGA